AAAUACUAUCGCACUAUCGGGAAAACGCAGAUAGUGUCAUCGCUGGCUUUGAAGCUAAUUGGAAAAAGGGCGACAAUUCCGACUGAUAAGAAAUUUAGAGCAGCCCAGAAGCAGAAAGUCAUAGAUAAAACUGCUUGUGAUCGACGACUGGUCGGCAAAAAACUAAGGAGGAGCAAGCACACAAGCCGCGCCCACAAUGACCGCCCUGCGAUACAUGGGAUGGGUCACCGGCUGUUCGGUCCUAACUGCCUUCGUUUCCAUUAUAUGGCAGGCCUUCCUUUCUCUUCAAACACUCAACAGGACGACAGUCUUGCUCACCGGCCUCCUGGCCAUCGAGGGAUCCCUCAAGCGCCCAGCUUUAGAACCGGCACCCAAAGUGGCUAUCGGGUAUGGAGCAUGCACGGACCUGCAGAUAAACGCCACCGAGUUUCUGGAUCGUUAUUAUAGCCGGCGCAUUCCUGCAGCUAUUACUGGUUCCAGAGAAACUGUCAACAACGAGGACGAACUGCUGCAGUCCUUUGCCUAUUACUUUCAAAACGGUGCUGCAGCGGAACGAGUAAUGGCAAACAGUACUCUCUUCAAGCAGCUUGUUGGCUACGCAAAGGUAAUGGAUAAGGAGCGUAUCCAAUGGUACAUGGGUGGAAACGCCCCGCUUAUGGCUGUCCGCUUCUUUAUGGAAGGAGCUGAAGUGCUACUAGGCGCUCAUAUGUCUAAGAAAUUACGUCCGCUGUUGCCGAAGGAGAUUCGACUGGCUGGAGACGAGAUUCCAAACGACGAUAUACAUUUAAUUCUGGAGUACAAAGCCGGUGACACCUGGGGCUCGUAUGUGGCACCUCGGGCCAAUCGAUAUAUUCUGCAUAACGACCGCAAUAAUCCGCAUUUAAGGGCCGUAGAGCAGCUAACCGAUGCCCUUAAGGUCUAUCAUCCACAGCUGCUAGUUGUUAGCGGUCUGCAAAUGAUGGACAUGUUCACAUUUAACCCUGGCGAGCGUGAGGCGAGACUUCAGCAAGUACAAAGACAAUUAACUAGCCAGCCGGUUGACACUCUGAAUCACUUUGAGAUGGCAUCUUAUGUGGAGUUGCAGCUACUGCAGCAGCUGCGAAAAUUUGUUCUACCCUACGUAGACUCCCUAGGAAUGAACGAACAAGAGCUUUCGAAUCUACAACAGGUUCUCGCCCACGGACGAACCACUUUGGCCACCGACUGGAAUCCUCGCAUUGCUCACACCCUCGACCAAAUGCGGCAGGUCUUUAUUAGUUUGCUCGAGGAUUACGGCGACCAAAGCUCUGGCGAUCCUAGACGGCGUCGUAUCUCUCGGAUCCAUGUGCAUACUUUGGCCUAUCAGGCAAUCCUGACCACAGCGGGCUCCAAGUGGAAGAACACCCGGGCUGCAGCGGCCAAGGCGGCACUCACAGCUCACCGAUAUGUUUGCAAGUCCCAAUUUAUCAAUCCAGAGGCAGUUUUACAAGUUCUGGACGACAGUUUCGCCACUUCAGCUCAGACGGAUGCACCUCGGAUGAGAAUUGGAGCAGCUAGUCCGGUACCCUGUUGGCGGGAAUAUAUUGAGCAUGGUCCCCACCGGCAACAACUUGAGGUGGAGAUUUGUGUGGCUCCAGUGCUAGUUUGUCGCGAGGCCAGAAAGACGGCAGGAGCUGGCGAUAACAUUUCCGCAUCUGGAUUGGCGGCACAGUUGUAGGGGCGUCGUUUACGAUUGGAAAGAUAAAGACUGCAUAAUAGUUUUACUAGAAGGCUACAAUCCAAGACUCGAAUAGAAGGCCAAGACGUUAACCCGAAGCAUUCCCCCGCUGAAUGGACAUGAACUCGGCAUGUUUAGCACCUUAGUGACCUUAGAAACGCGUUACCUUCACAUAAAUCUGACGAAAAUGCUCAAGCGAUAGCACCAAGAAAACAACGACUCCCAUGAAACCACAUAUCCAGAUGAGUUUUUAAUGGAAGUGCUGACUUCUGCACUUGUCCUCUCAUCAUCAACAUAAAUUCCAUGUGUUCAAAAUUAUUCCUAAUGCAAAAGCAUCGAAACGACAGUUCGGAAACGAAUGCCACCUAGUCCUAAGUUUUGUUAGUCACUAAUUAUAUGUUUUUACAUACAUAUUUGAGCCAUUCCUA